AUGAUAGUGUGCAAGACCCACACUGGGUUCCUCCCUCAGAAAAAAGAAAACGGCGGUUGUCUGUAUCUGACAGUGACAGUCCCAUUGUUACUAUUAAGAACGAGUGAGCCAAGCUCUUUAGAAAAUAUACUACCGACAGACGAGGACAUUGAACAUCAUUUCAUGUCUAAAGAAAACGUUGUGCAAUUAAAUAGAAAAGCUAGAGUUUUAGGUGAAGACAGUUUUAAGCGCUGGACAAAAGAAUCUGACACGGUUAAUGAAGAUCUUCGUUUUGUUGAUUCACCCACACUUGACAUCGAAAAUACAUCGAGUGCAGCACUGGUACCAAAGUAUAAACACGUAACACAAAAAGUAAAAAUUUGGAUAGACUUGAUUCCUAAAGUACCCAGUCAUUAUUGCCGAGCGAGUUCCAGCAAUCUGUAUGUUGAGUCGACAUUUAGGUCUGAAAAACACAUGCAUGACGUUUUCGUGGAAUGGUGUAGAGAACACAGUUACCGAGCAGCAAGCAGACCAACUUUCCUAAGAGUUUUGAAACAGGAGAAUAUAGCAAUUCUCCAUUCACGUAAAGAUCAGUGUGAUACUUGUUGUAGUUUUAAAGCGGGUAAUAUUUCACAAAACGAGUAUGACGAUCACAUAAUUAAAAAGAAUGAAGCACGCCAAGCUAAAAAAGAUGCCAUAGAAUCGGCGAACGAAAAGGUUGUAGUAAUCACAGUGGAUGUGCAGAGUGUCCUACUUGCACCUAAGCUUUUGGCCCGCUCUUUAUAUUAUAAACUUAAGUUACAAUGCCAUAACUUUACUGUCUAUGACUGCAAGACGAGAAAAGUAACUAUUUACUUUUGGCAUGAAGCUGAUGGGGGCGUAUCCGCAAAUGAGUUUACUUCUUGCUUAAUCGAUUAUAUAGCAAACCUAGCGCCGGAAACUGAACAAGUCACUGUAAUUUCUGAUGGGUGUAGCCAUCAAAAUCGAAACCGGAUUUUGUCCAGUGCUUUAAGUGAUCUUUCGCAAAGAAUGAAUAUUAGUGUUGAGCAGUUGUACCUGGAAAAAGGCCAUACCAUGAUGGAAGUUAAUAGUGUCCAUUCAACAAUUGAACAGUACAUUAAACCCCCCCCAUUUAUGCACCGAGUGACAAUGUAG